AUGACUGAGAACCGGGAUACAACAAACCAUCCAGGAGUGGUGGGUCGAGAAAUGUUAUUAACCGAGUGGCUCAUGGAUCAGAUCGAGUCCUGCCAAGACGUUCUCACCUACGAUCCACAUUCAUGGCCGCUUGACCAUGAAACGGACUUGCGAAUUAGGCAAAAGUUCUACACCAAAGUCUGCAAUGGAGUACUCUCUCACCUCAUCAAACUGGGAGUAUUCCAGAAGAUCAAGGAGUUGGAUGCAGCACUGGCAGAGAAGACUUUCUCAAGCAACCCAUCGGGUAGGACUGAUUGA